UUAUUCAUGAAUUUUUAACAAUUUCUUCUAGGGGCUAUUUUCCUAAAGGUGGAGGUGAGGUGAUGGUCACAUCCCAGCCUACCCAGGGUUUGGUUGGUGUGCCGGAUGCACUCAGCCUCAGAGGAGACUUGUCAAAGGUCUACAGUCGCUCUUUUGUAGCGGGAAAUUUGCCAGCUCAUCUGUCCAACAAGGUGUCCCAGACAAUCGCUCGAUGCGUGCGGCAGAACUUCCCAGGUGUCUCCCUCCAGCAGGACAGCCUCAAGGAACCUGAUGGGGCGGCCAUUGGCUCAGGCCUGGGCACAAUGUACGUAGAUAGUCUCACCUCUUUACUUUGACACACUUGUGUCAUU